UGUAGCUACUCGCUGCCGUCUCGAGACGGAGGGAAGUGCGGAUGCAGCCGAGCGUUGAGCGGAGGACAAGUGCCGCGCAAUACCUUUGGUGUCGGAGGCAGUGAUACAAUUUACACUUUAUUACCACCUCAUUACCACCUCACCGCAAAGUCAGCGAAGAGGAGUUCCUGCGGCUCCCCACAUUUCCUCACCCCGGAGGAGUGGCCCCCCUCACCUUCCCCGGCUAACGUCUCUGCGGGGAGAUUGACGGGAAGCCACUUGGCAGACUUGGAGGAGCUUUGCCCGAGGCGACACAGAGCUCACAUAUAGAGCCGGGCGAAGGACGUGAACGCCGCGUCCACCAUGGAGGUCGGCAGUACUUCGAGGAAACUUCCUCUGCUCUCGUUCACCUUGCUGUGGGGGCUCUCAGGCAUAUGGGCCCAGAUCCAGAUGCCCCAACCCAGCAUGGAUGUGAUCAAGGGUCAGAUGGUGGUGCUGAGGGCCACGUACAGCCCAGGGCCAGGCAGCGACCUGCGCACCAACACCAUCCUCUGGAACUUUGUCUCCAACAGCACCCAGCUGAUCAUCGCCUACACCAAAGACUCCACGAGCGUGGGCAGCUCCCAGUUUAAGGGCCGCGUGGGUUUCUCCUCCAGCAUGCCCUCACGCGACGUGUCGCUGUACAUCAACAACACCCAGGAGUCCGACUCAGGACGCUACUUCUGCCAGGUCAUCAUCCCCGAUAAUCCCGGCCUCACUGCUGAGCUCAGUCUGGACGUGAAGGUCCCUCCCGGGGUUCCCAAGUGCUCUCUAUCAGGGAAGCCGUUGCUGAAGGGGAACGUGACUCUGAGCUGCAAAACCAGCUCCGGGAAGCCCGUUCCCCUGUACAAGUGGAAGAAGACCAGCCCCAGCUCGGAGGUCUUCUUCUCACCCAUGCUCAACGAGAAGACCGGCACUCUGAAGCUGAGCAACCUGAGCAGCAACAUGUCGGGGAAGUACGUGUGCACAGCCAGCAACUCAGCCGGGUCAGAGAGCUGCUUCAUCAACCUGGAGAUCGUCACCUCCACUAAUGUGGGGAUGAUCGUCGGCGCCACCCUGGGCUCAGUGAUUGGCUUCAUCUUCCUCCUCCUCUGCCUCCUUUUCCUGGUGAAGAGGCGGAGAGACAACGAGGACGACAUGGCCAACGAAAUCAAGGAGGAUGCUCAGGCUCCCAAGCGUGUGUCCUGGGCAAAGAGUGGCAUGGGUUCAGAUAUCAUCUCCAAGAAUGGCACCCUGUCCUCCAUCGCCUCCAGCCCGCACCACAAAGAGCCCUCCCACAACCACAACAACCACCACCACCUGCAGCAGUACCCCCAGCGCCCACCUUCAGACACCGCCUCCAUCAUCACCGCCACGGGCAGCAUGGCCGGCUACCGGCCGUCCCGCCACCACGGAGCCUCCACCCCCACCCACUACGGCUACAACAACAGCACCACCCUGCCGCGCGGACAGGCCGUCUCCUCCGAGGGCAGCACCAACGGGAGCUCCCUGCCCAGACCAGAGCGCUACACGCAGCUGCCCCAGGCUCAGGUGCUGCCGCAGACCUACAGCCAGCCUCAGCUGCAGCACCAGGCGGCUCCCGUCCCGCCGCCACUGCCCACCUCCACGGUCACAGCCUCCAACAUCGCCCGCAUGGGAGGGGUGCCCAUCAUGGUGCCUGCACAGAACCAGGCUGGAUCUCUGGUCUAACACCUGCCAGCUCUGGCCCAACAGUGCUGUCGACAAACAACAGUGGAAGUCUGUCCCUCUGCACUCUCAGAAAGGCUCGGCUGCUUUAACUACUAUUUUAGCAGAAUUACAGUAGAUGAAAAUGUCAAAUCCACUUAUUGACGCUUGCUUUCGCGCCAGGAAGCUUUCGUAGUAAGACUUUCAGACACAGACUGUUUACUAUACUCAAGUCUUUUAUAUUGUGUAUGCACUGCAUACAUUGCAAACUAUGUAUAGAUAUAAUUUUCAUACAUACAUUUGUCCAGUAUCCUGUUUUCUACCUUAUCAAUGCAUUUCUAUUUUAUUUGUUGUAUUUUUUUUCUUCAAUUUUUGCUAUUAAAUGUUAUAUUAUAUUUACUAAUUCCACAAAGCAAAUGGGCCAUCGUGGUGUGUGCAAGUCUCAUGGAUGAACAUUCAGAUUAAAUAUGAAGAUGGUUCUGCAGAUCUUUAAAAACGAGCUAAAGGAGAAAUGAUCCAGAUAGAACGGGUUCAAGCACAACGUAUGAGUUCUAUUCAGAGGAGAGAAUGUUGAUCAGAGUUAGUGAAGAACUGGGUGAGAUAUAUGAAGAUCUAUGUCUUAAUGAGAAUAUGUCUACAGCAGAAAGAAAGACAAAACAACAUAUAUAUAUAUAUAUAUAUAUAUAUAUAUAUAUGACUAAUCCUUUUCUUUUUUGGCUUUACUUCUGUCGGUGGUUCAGCUUAUGAAAUGCUCUUUGCGCGAUUCUUUAAACACAGAUUAGUAAAAGCUUCUUAUAAUGAGCACUAUUCAGAUUUGCAGUUGGGUGACUUUGCAAAAACACAAGUCCAAACUUUUAAUCAUUUUAAAGUUGCCUGCAGAAUUGAAAUUGUAAAUAUGAUAUUUAUUUUCUGAUUAAUGUGUAGCUUAUUGUUGGCCACAGCCUGUAUGGAACGUAUAAUACAGGUCAUAUGUUUGCCUGCAACACCGGAUACUGAACCAAAGAUACACAGGACGACUGUCUUUAGAGGUCUUUAUAGUGCAGUCAGUGGGGAACAACCUGUUUGCAUCAACAUGACAUGGAAGCAUUUUGACCCACAGGCUCUAGAGUUACAGACCAACCUUCUCCCACAUUCAAUCGGCAUUGCAAAGUAACAGUAACAGGAAGCUGAUAUGAGUUCCUCUAAAUCAAAAGCACUGAUUGUGAAGAUGUUUUUAAGACUUGAUGGUGCCUAGUGAUCAGCUACCAUCAGGAGAAGAUGGAGGAGAUACACUAUUCCUCCGUACGGGGAAACAUUACAGGAAUGUGAUCAAAAGAAAAAACGAUUACUGUUAAUAGAAAGCACUGGAAACUUCCCCAGGUGAUCAUUUACAUAAAAUACAUUAUAUUUUGGUAUAAGAAGUUCCAGAACGGAAAUCUGAACGUUGAAUUAAGCCAGGUUCCAGAUUCUAGUUUCAUUUAGUAGAAUAUUAGAGUGAAAUGUUUUUACAGAGGUAAUCUCUUUGUAUCACUCCAUAAAUCAGAAAAUAGAAACACAACAUUCGGCCAUGUUUAUAGACAUCAAAUGUUGUAUAAAUCAGGCUAUGAAUGACCUGUGUAAAAGCUUCAGAAUAUAGAGGAAUGACACUGGAAGGUUGGGUUUAUGGAAGUGCUUUUAAAGAUGUGUUUUGUAAAAUGAAUACAUUUUAAAGACUCUACAGAUGAAAUAAAUAACUAAUAAAUAUCAA